AUGCCACCCCGGAGAUCCCAUACAAAAUCCCGCAAUGGUUGCGGCCAGUGCAAGAAGCGACGCGUUAAGUGUGAUGAACAAGGCCCGCCAUGCUCCAAUUGCGCGUCCAGAGAGCUAGAAUGCUCCUACCCGAACCCACCGGUAUCCCGCAGCCUAUCUACUAGCAAAUCGAUAAGCCCGCCACCAGGAUAUGGCUAUAAUACCACUCCAUUUGUCGCCGAUACAUAUCGGCAAGCUCCCAGUGCCUCGCAGAGCGAUUGCUCAAACGCCGCAGAGUCGCGCAAGUUAGAGUUGAUGCACAAGUUUUCUACCGAAACAUUUCAAAGCUUCUGUAACUCUUCAGCCGACUUUUACACCUGGCAGAUUGCGGUCCCACAAAAGGCGCUCAGUCAUGACUUCUUGAUGAAAGGCAUUCUAGCGACUGCCUCUUUACAUAUAGCGUCCUCAAUGGAUCCCUCAGCAGCACUUACUUAUAUCAAUACGGCACUUGAAUACCACAACCAGACACUUACCCCCUUCCGCCACGCCAUAGACAAAAUAAACCCGGAUAAUUGCGAUGCAGUUUUCGCUCACUCGAUCGUAACUACGAUCAUUAGCAUAGCCCUUCCCCAGCUGACAACUGAGAAAGAUGAAAGCAACGGUGCAUGCGAGAAGAUAGUUCUUGCUACAGAACUACUUCAGGGCGUAAGCAAGAUCCUCAGGAUUUAUCGUGGAUGGUUGAAGAUGAAGCCCUUUACAGGAGGAGGCGAUUUCUGGGAUCGGUCUGAUAUAGGCCUAGAUCUUGAAACUAACGCAGCAUUGAGGAAUCUGUCCUAUUUGACUGACGACAUACCUAAUGCAGACCAACGUGAGAUGUUCCGAGAAGCGGUGAGACUCCUCACCCAAUGUUUCACUAGGUAUGCCAACUCCAGGGAUAUUGCGUCCAUACUUGCCUGGCUUGCUGCGGCGGAUAAAGAAUUUAUCUCCGCCUUAAGGUGUCGUGACCCGCUUGCUCUGCUCAUUCUUAUGUACUGGGGCGUCCUCCUUCAUGAACUUCACGGUAGACUAUGGUGGGCCCACAAUUCAGGCUCAUCCCUUGUGCUGGAGUUAUUAGCCCAACUACAACCCUGCCGACCGGAUUGGGAAGACAUAAUAUUGUGGCCGAAGCAACGAAUUGGCCUUCAGGGCCCUUUGGUCCAUUCCAAUGGCAGUGGCAUGAAGACGCCGCAUUGA